UCUGUGUGUGUCACUUGUCAAGUAUACAAUAAAAAGAUCCUAAAUAAGUUUAGUGUAUUGAAAAAGCUAGUUACUCUCUUAAGGUACAUUUCUGAUACACAGAGUUUUUAAAGACUUUCCUGGAUAUGCUGUAUGAAAGGUUACUUAACGUUAAAAACCAGGAAAAAUAAAUAUUUGAGUGAGCAUACCUACACAUGCUUAUUUAGGAAAGAAUAAAGACCCCUUUGGAAGAAGAAAAACACCCUUAUUGAGAAUUGCAGCAAAUAAGCAAACAAGGUAUUUUCAGGAUGAUCUUAUUAUGCCAAAUGGUACAUUUCAUUUUAUUUGCCUCUGUUUCUGGUGGAUGUGUGACAAGGCUGUUCAAAGACUCCUACUUUCAAGGAGGGGACAUUGCUACUGUGUUUACACCGAGUGCCAAGUACUGCCAAGUGGUCUGCACCCACCACCCAAGAUGUUUGCUCUUCACUUUUAUGGCUGAAUCGUCAGCUGAAGAUCCUACCCAAUGGUUUACCUGUGUCCUAAAAGACAGUGUCACAGAAAUACUGCCAAGGGUGAACAUGACAGGAGCGAUUUCUGGAUAUUCUUUCAAACAAUGCCCACACCAAUUAAGUGCUUGCCACAGAGAUGUUUACAUGGACCUGGACAUGAAAGGAAUGAACUAUAAUGGCUCUAUUGCCAAGAAUGUUCGAGAAUGCCAAGAGAGAUGCACAAAUGACAUCCACUGUCACUUUUUCACAUACGCAGGAAAGGAUUUUCCCAGCACAGAGCAUCGUAAUAUUUGUUUGCUGAAGUACACCCAAACAGGGACACCAACCAAAAUAACGAAGCUCCGCUAUGUGGCAUCUGGAUUUUCACUGAAAUCCUGUGCGCUUUCUAACCUGGCUUGUAUUAGGGACAUCUUCCCUAGUACGGUGUUUGCAGACAACAACAUCGACAGUGUUUUGGCUCCAGAUGCUUUUGUCUGCCAACGCAUUUGUACUCAUCAUCCCAGUUGUCUGUUUUUUACCUUCUUUUCCCAAGAAUGGCCAAAAGAAUCUCAAAGAAAUCUCUGUCUCCUUAAAACAUCCGAAAGUGGAUUACCAAGUACACGCAUCAAGAAGAACAAAGCUCUUUCUGGUUUCAGUCUACAAACCUGCAGGCAUAGCAUCCCAGUCUUCUGUCAUUCCUCAUUUUACCAUGACACUGACUUCUUGGGAGAAGAACUGGACAUUGUUGAUGUGAAAGGUCGUGAAGCCUGCCAGAAAAUGUGUACUGAUGUCAUCCGCUGCCAGUUUUUCACCUACUCCCCACCUCAAGAAUCAUGCCAUGAAAAGAAGGGCAAAUGUUACUUAAAACUUUCUUCCAAUGGCUCUCCGACUAAAAUACUUCACGGGAGAGGAGGCAUCUCUGGAUAUACACUAAGGUUAUGUAAAAUGGAUAAUGAGUGCACAACCAAAAUCAAACCCAGAAUUGUUGGAGGAACUGCGGCAGUUCAAGGCGAGUGGCCAUGGCAGGUAACACUACACGUCAUGUCACCUAUCCAGAGACACCUCUGUGGAGGCUCCAUCAUUGGAAACCAGUGGAUAUUAACGGCUGCACAUUGUUUUUAUGGUAUAGAGUCACCUAAAAUUCUGCGUGUCUACAGUGGCAUUGUAAAUCAAUCGGAAAUAAAAGAGGGUAGUUCUUUCUUUGGGGUUCGAGAAAUAAUAAUUCAUGAUCAGUAUGAAAUGGCAGAAAGUGGAUAUGAUAUUGCUUUGUUGAAACUGGAAACAACCAUAAACUACACAGACUCUCAACGGCCCAUAUGCCUACCUUCCAAAGGAGAUAGAAAUGUAAUAUACACUGACUGCUGGGUGACUGGAUGGGGGUACAGAAAACUGAGAGACAAAAUACAAAACACUCUUCAGAAAGCCAAGAUCCCUUUGGUGUCCAACGAAGAAUGCCAGACAAGAUACAGAGGGCAUAAAAUAACCAAUAAGAUGAUUUGUGCAGGCUAUAAAGAAGGAGGGAAGGAUGCUUGCAAGGGAGACUCAGGGGGGCCCCUGUCCUGCAAGCACAAUGAGGUCUGGCAUUUGGUGGGCAUCACAAGCUGGGGGGAAGGCUGUGCUCAGAGGGAACGGCCAGGCAUCUACACCAACGUGGCCAAGUACAUAGACUGGAUUUUGGAGAAAACUCAAGCCACAUGAAGGAGUCUCCAGGUGCCUUUUGUCCCCUGAACAGCAGGCCAGAUUGCUCCCUGGAAGAGGGAAGAGGAUGUUGUUACCCCUGAAGAAGAGACCAUGAUCCCAAGUCUCCUCCACAGUCACAAGCCCAAAGGGUGUGGUAUUCGUAAGAAAAUACCCAGAGGAAAACACACCGUCAUUUUCAAAACUCCCAUUCUUGGAUAAUCACAAUUGUUUUCAGCACCUAGCUUCUUGCUUUCUGAUCACACUUUCACUCAGUCAAAGAAAUUUUUGAAGAUUAAAAUAUGGCAGAUAUUAGCAGAAAAGGAUCAAGUACUGGCACCAAGGAAUCAGGUAGAACUGCUAAAAGAAACCACCACAGGAAAAAAAAAAGAUGCAUUCAAUGAAAGUGGUAACUGGAAGAAAUGGAAAUAAGAACUGUCCCCAUUAAUUUGCAAUUGUCUAUACUCUGCCUACACCAACACGUUUCUUCAAUAAAGAAUUAGAUUGAAUUCACUGACAA